AUGAUUACGCCACUUGCUGCAAAAAAACUGCUAGAGGCUGCCAAGCAAGAAAAGACUGACAAUUUAAUGCUGCGUAUAGCAGUAGAAGGCGGUGGGUGUUCUGGGUUCAAGUACGUCCUUGAAUUUGAGAAAGAUACGACGCCUGAUGAGGAAGAAGACGUGGUCUUUGAGCAACAUGGUGGACGUGUUGUCGUUGAUAAGGAAUCACUGGAUCUGAUUCGAGGAAGUACGGUGGAUUAUGAGCAAGAAUUGAUCCGGAGUGCCUUUGCUGUGGUCAAUAACCCCAAUGCAGUCAGUGGCUGCGGCUGUGGCACGUCCUUUGACCUCAAAGAGUAA